AUGCUACGAACAAGAGCGUUUGCUUUGGCUCGUCGGUUCGGUGGAUGUGUGCCUCGGCGCAAGAUCCAGAUUGAGCACGACGACGACAAGGCGUUUGAGACGAUCGAGCGCGCUCGAAGCGUGGCCACAGAGAAAUCAGAGCUGUUCUACGCAUACAGAGCGGGCGGAGAGACGUUUGGCCAGCUUGUGAACGAGGUGCUUCAUGACCGCGACCCACUAAUGAACCGGCGUGUUGUCACCCAGGAGGAGGCGCUUGAGGGAGUGGAUCCGAAAUACAGAAACACAGAAACAGGCGAGUUAUAUGCUGCUGCCACCAGCAAGGAUGCUCGACUGGAUCCCAAGACCGUGGCCGGCAGAGUUAACAGAACACGGAUUGUUCUUCCCGAUCUCAUCAGCGACGCCGUGAACUAUAACAUGCUUCUUUUGCACGAGCCCAAAGUGCUGAAGGCCAAGGUGGCUGAUCAUUAUAUCAAAUUGGAAGAGGUCGGUCUGCAGACCAGAACGAGUACCGAAGAGGAAGCCGACGUGUACAUAGCCAGCUCGUUCUUGCAGAACUACGCCACAUGCUACCAGGUGUUGGACGAGCUGAAAAGACGGGCCGGAGACGACUGGAUGCCUAAACGAGUGCUCGACUACGGACACGGUCCUGGCACAGGAAUGCUUGCUUUGAACGAAAUCAUGGGAGACCAGUUUGACCCUGAGGUGAAGGAUGUGGUUGUGAACGGGUCGUUCCACAUGGAGAGACGUGCGAAAAUCCUGCUCAGUCGGCAGUUGAACGAACAGUAUCUGAGAGACGAUGUGGAGGGGGUUGACCAGAUUGACCAGAUUGACCAGAUUGACCAGACAAGCCAGACCAAGGUGGACGAGAAGCAGCCAGACGUUAUUCCGGAAGUGACCAGAGUGAAGACCAAGCUGCUAAAGAUUAAGUCGGUGAUCCUGGAUAAGUUGCGUCCGGAGAAGGUGAAGUACGACUUGAUCAUUGCUCAGCAUCAGAUGCUCACCGACAGAGCCAAUUUUCCGUUACAAGUUGAUCAGUCGCUUGACGUUCUGGUCAAUAGACUGGCUCCUGGCGGAUAUUUAGUGAUUGUCGAGAGAGGAAACCCGUUGGGAGCAGAAAUCAUUGCUCGUGCUAGACAGGUGAUGCUCCGUCCAGAAGACCACGAAUCCAAGACUUCCAAGGUGCCCAGAUUGUACAAGAACAGUGCCAUCUUGACCAAAGAAGAGGCAGCUGAUAUCGAGCCGGAACUGCUACAAAACUUUGAGGUCCAGACAACAGAGACCGUGGACCCUAUUAAUCUCCAAGUGGUUGCUCCGUGCUCCCAUCAUGGCAAGUGUCCUUUGCAGUUUUUCAACCCAGACUACUACAAGAUGGGCCAAAUUGGAAAGAGACUCAAGUUCUGCAACUACACGGUGGACGUUGCACGGCCAAAAUACGUGAUGCAGCUGAAAAGAGGUGCCAAGUUGGCAUCGUCCUGGCAAGACACCACCAGGAAACAGUAUCUGGCAUAUGCCGGUAAAGGCCGUCCAAAUGGAAAGGACUUUGAAACGGCUAGCUAUUCUUAUUUAAUUGUGCAGAGAUCAACAGAGUCCAACGAGACUCUGGAACAGCUCCGCAGCCAAGAUCAGGGAGACAGGCCGGUUGGCUACCAAACUGAAAACCCGGCCGAAUAUCCAAGAGUUCUGUCGCCCCCGCUCAAGCGCAAAGGAUUUGUUGUCACCGACAUGUGUGCUCCGUCCGGUCACGUGGAGAAAUGGUAUAUUUCCAAGAGCGUGGGGAACCAGGCGUAUCACGAUGCGCGCAAGCUGAAAAUGGGCGAUGUUUGGGCGCUAGAGUCGAAAUCGCGGGCCUUAUCCACGAAGGAGAACACCUUCUACUUUGAGAAGCUCAAGAAGAAGGAAGAAGAGCUGCGUAAACAGCGCAAGCAGGACGCAAAGCUGCGUAAGAAGAAAAUGAGAGAGGAUUACGAAAAGGCCUUAAACUCAGAGCCAAAGACGUUUGGCGAAAGCCUGAAAAUGGCUGCCCAGCUCGACUCGUUCAGAUUCAUGGCACUCAAGAAACAAAAGGACCGACUCCAGGCCGACAUCGACCGCGACGGGAUGGCCUAA